AGAAAAAUAAAAUAAAACCAGAUCUCCACAUUGGAGCGGGUACCAGGAGCUGCCUCGUGGGGUGGGAGUGAGAGUCACACCAGGGACCGGCUGCACAGGACGGGCACCCUGAUAAAUCCCAGGGGAUGGUUACUUCGAGCUGCGCCUGAAUUCCCCUGGGGGAUUUUCUCAGACUCCUCGUAGCCGUCGGCUACAAUGAACCCAUUAUUUAAAUCGGCAACUUCCUUGUGGAUUUCUGUGUCCCUUUGUGGUACGUGAGAACUCAGUUUUUUUUUUUUUCUUCAAGUCAAGUUUGCAGAAGUUUCUUAUUUUACCCCAUCACAAUGAGCAAGAAAAAGCCAAGCUGAGCUCAGAGGAAGCUGGAUGGGGAACCAUCCUGCGGAGUGUCUGUGGACCUGAGAGCGAGCGUACCCGCGGGCGCCAGCUGCACAUCCGCCCCCCGGGGGAGGUGCAGCGGGAGACUCUCAGGAGAAAGGUGGACCCAAGACGCUGAAGGGCGGAGGGACAGGUGGUGGAAAAUGCAGGUGGUACAACCGGAGAGCGCGAAGACGCCUCAGAAUGUGGCCCUCCCCGCCCCGCCCGCUGCCCGUCCCCCUCCUGACUAAGGGCCGCUCAGCUCAGACCACAAGGGCAUUGCACAAAGUGCAGAUGUGAAAAUUAAGGCAGUGGCCCCGAGCGGACAGAGGAGCAGAGCGGACCAGCCCAAGGAAGGACCUCCCCCAGGGCCUCCGGGGGUGCAGGGUGGGGGCCCCCCGCCCCACCCAGCGCAGAGCGUCGGGGACAAGACACGGAGGAAGGCUGGGUGUGGCCAUGUCCAGCUUGCAGGUGGAGGAAGUCGCUGCUUCUCCAUCCCCUGCGGACAUGCGAUGCGAACCAGUGCUUCCACGUCCUGUGGGCAGCCCCACGUGUCUCCUGGUGAUCACCAUUCUGCUGUCCCUGCUGCUGGACCCCGCAUUCCUCCUGACCCAGGGGCACCAGGAUCUUCCAAGCGUGGAACCGAACUCCAGUCUAAAUGUGAAAUUUGACCCCAAGAAAAUGCAAUUAACUUGGGACUGCAAGGAAAACACUACCAGCGGGCACUGUGUGAUGACUCACAAGGAGAAAGGACAGAUUAAGAAACAGAUGAAACGAUGUCAGUGCACCUUUCAAGACAAUUCUCUCCAUGGGGGAGUCACGCUCACGGUUGAAGUAUAUGUCAACCAAAGACCAAUUUCAGAAACACUGGUCUACACUAAUCCAGGCAAGGAGGGCACAGCUGCCCAAAACUUCUCCUGUCUUGUCUACAACGCGGAUUUCAUGAACUGCACCUGGGCAAAGGGCCACGCCGCCCCCGAUGACGUCCAGUAUUUUUUGUAUAUACGAAACUCGACGAGAAAAGGUGAAAGAGAAUGUCCUCAUUACCUAACAGACGCGGGAACAAACGUGGGAUGCCAUCUCCAAGACCUGUCGGGAUUAACGUCGUACAACUACUUCCUCGUCAACGGUACCAGCCGAGAGACAGGAAUCCAGUUCUUUGACUCGAUCCUGUUGUUAAAGGAAAUAGAGAGAUACAGUCCACCCCACAAUAUCACUGUAAACUGCAACGAGUCACACUGCCUCGUCCGGUGGGAAAAGCCCAGGACCCGGAAAAACUGGUCCAACAGGGAGUUCCAGUACCAGCUGGACAUAUGGAGACAGAGUAAUUCUGGACACAGUGAAAAUCAACUGAUCGUGGUGUCUGGCGACUCAGAAAAUCGAUACAACUUUCCGAGCCCAGAGCCCAGAGGCACACAGAUGGUGAAGAUUCGAACGGCAGAUGCCCGGAGAGCCCACUGGGGCGACUGGAGCCAGCCCGUUCAGUUCGGCUCUGAAGAGCCGGAAUCCAGCCUGGUGCUCGUGUACGUGCUGGUGGUCCUGGGGACCCUCGCGGGCGGCCUGGCCUGCGGCUGCCUUUUCAAAAGGUUCCUGGGGUCGCACAGUUUAUUCCCGCCAAUUCCAAGGAUCAGAGACAAACUGAAAGAUGACCAUCAGAUUGACCACCAGGGUCCCGCCCACCUCACAAGGCCAGGACGAGCCACGUCCCCCCACCGCCUCCAACUCCGUGCUGUCCCACCUUCUGCCGACCCAUCGCUCAGAUGUCCGUCUCCCAGGCUGUCCUGUGCCCGCCGGCUACACGCUCCUACUCGGAACCCCGCGCGGAUCUCCGUCUUAAACCCCCACGGCUGCCGCUCCCGGGGCCCCUGAGGACCUGACCCCCCCACCC